CUCUGAGAGCACCACGCGGCACCGAGGAACCGAAGCGGGCCAGACCGAGCCAGCUGUGCCCCCAGCCCGGGGUGUUCCCUGAGGGAGCAGAGCCUCGGGAACGUGGAGCCGGGCACAGCGCCCUGAGGCGCCGCCGGCCCGCCCUGGGGCUCCGGGGAGCGGGGGAAGGGGCGGGCGCUGCUUGGCUCCGUUGCCCGGCAGCGGCAGCGGCCCCGCGAUGGAGGCGAGCGAGCGGCGGCGGCUGCGGCGGGAGGCGGCCGAGUAUUACCGAGGGCACCUGGUGCCGGAGCGGAUGGAGGACGCCCUGAACGCCCUGUUCCCGCUGCACCCCGAGGAUCUCUACGGGGAGCUGGCUAACUACUUUUCUAAAUUUUCAAAAGCUCCAGUAAUAUGCAAAUUAGUUGGAAGAAAAGUUCUUGAUGGACUUGGUCAGCCAACAUUAGAAGUGGAAAUAUACUGUACAGUUAAAAACUAUGAGAAGAGGAUUUGUUCCACUGUAAUGACUACUCAUUCUCAAAUACCUGAAAAUGCUUUACCCGAAACAAUUGAAGCUGAUGAGAAAGAAAGAAAUGACUCUGUUCAUACUGCUGUGGAAUGGGUCAGUGAAUCACUGAACACAAUGUUAAGGGACUUGGACCCUACUGACCAGUGUCAAGCUGAUAAGAUGCUUGGUGAAUACUUUGCAAACAAGGUAGAAGAAAAACAGGAAAUUGAAAGGCAAGAAAAAGAAAAAAAAGAGGAAGAAGAAGCAGCAAAAGUCACUACUUCCCCUGCUUCAUGCCGUUCAGCUGCAACACCUAAGCAAAAAAAGGGACGAAAACCAGGAAAGAAGGUGUCAGAGGAAGUGAAUCCCCUCCCACCUGCAGAGCCUGCUGAGCCAGUGCUGUGUGGCAGCUUGGCCAUCGGGGGAACAUCACUUGCCAUAGCAAAGGCUGGGGCCACCAUCAGCCGUGUCCCACUGUACUUACACACUGCACUGCUGAAGCACAACCAGGAGUCACCUAAAGAAAUUACUCUACCACUCCCAAUGAUUACUGUGUUGAACUGUGAAAAAAAUUCACCUACAAAACUGAAAUUAGUCAAAGAAGUUAUGCUUAUACCACCAGUUGAAUUAUCACUCCAGCAGGGCAUAGAAAGAGUUCAGGAAAUUCAGAAAGAGAUGACAAGAAAGGUGGAGUCUCCAGCCAAAACGCCUGGUUCACGAGCAGAAAGUAGGAAAGGAAAAGCACAAAAAGCUCUGCCACCAUCCUCAAAAAGAAUAUCACACUUGGGCUGCCUUACAACAGGAUAUGAUAGUCUAGAACAACUGCUACUCCAAGUGCAAACAGCUUGCAACAAUAUAGGUCUGCAGCUGGGAACAGACAUGUACUUAGCAUUAAAUUGUGCUGCUCAUGAAUUAAUGGAUUAUGAGAAAGGAAAAUAUGAAAUACUCACUGGAACGUUCAAAAGUCCUGAUGAAAUGGUUGCCAUGUAUGUGGAAAUGAUUAAUAACUUUCCUUUUAUUAUUGCAUUAAUAGAUCCCUUAAGAAAAGAGGACAGAGAACAGUGGAGUAGCAUCUGUCGUGCCCUUGGUUCCAAAUGCUUCCUGAUUGCUGAAGAUGCUGCCACGCACAUUUCCAAACUCAAAACUGACCAAAACAUAAACAUAGCGAUGUGCAGUGGUGUUGUCCUCAAAUACAUUAACCAAACCAAGGUGUCAGACCUCAUAGAACUGACUGGAAUUCUGGAUGGUCAAAGACAUAUUUCCAUAUUAGGAAGUCCAGACAGAGAAUCCUCAGAUGAGAGCCUCGUGGAUCUGGCUGUGGGCCUGGGUGCCAGGUUCCUCAAGCUGGGAGGUCUCUCCCGCGGAGAAAGGGUGGCCAAAUACAACCGGCUGCUGGCUAUAGAGGAGGAACUGGCCGCGAAUGGAGCGCUGCGUAAAGCAAAACUUGAAUUUGUUGAUUUUGCUGAAGAAUCUCAGCCAGGACAACUUCCUGAUGUGCUUCCUGCCCCAGAACAGGAUUAGUUGCCUUCACAGCUCUCAGUCAGCCCUGCAGAUUCACAGCCUGCCUGCUCAGCUCCCAGAAAACAGCACACUAACCUAAGCUGUCAACAUUAACUUUGGGAUAAAUUUCUAAGAAAAAACAUUUUACUAAGAAACUCGUAUAUUAACUAUUCCUAAAUCCAUUUGUUUUCAAGCAGUUCAGCCAGAUAUCUCCAAAAGAUUUCAAAUACUGGCUUCUCUUUUCCCAGGGACCAUUGCCUUCAGUUGAAACCAAAUUAACUGAGCAGUGACUAUAGUCUGAAAAUACCACAAAAUUCUGUGCUGCAUUUACAAAUUAACAAAACAAAUACUGCUGUGUUAAGUCCAAAACUAAAUGUUUGUUUUGAGAAAAUCAGAAUCUCCCUCCAUACAAACAGCAAGCUGUUGACAAACAGUAAAAAAAAAAACCCAAACAUAAACAGAACCCCACAUUUUACAAAAAAAACCAAAGGCCUUGAGUGUUAUGCUGCUCCAUCCUCCCCACCCCUUCAGUGCUGCUCUGAGAUCCAGCCUGC